AGUUCGCACAACAAUCGCGGAAAAAUGUUUCGCUGUACUUUUAUUAUUUUGCUGUAUUGUAUUAUAGUUUUCCAGAUCAGAUUUUGCUACUUUCAGGAAAGUUCAGAAUCAAGUAAACCGUGCGCUUGCAUUUGCGAUUCUGCUAUGCAAGUCGGCGUUGUUGAAGAUAAUCUCGUUGACGAAAAUCCUUCAACCACGGAACAGGCACCAGUAAACAGACCGCUAAGUUGUAUGGAAGCAACAGCUGCAACCUCUAAGAGUGGUGUUUAUAAAAUUCAGAUACCGCAGCUUAAACUCUCCAGUGUGGAUGUGUAUUGUGAUAACGACACUGAUGGCGGCGGAUGGUUGGUUUUUCAACGGCGUGUAACUUAUGAGGAGAAUUUUUAUAGAGGUUGGGAGAGCUACAAAAAUGGAUUUGGCAACGUUAGCAAAAACUUCUGGUUCGGUUUGGAAAAAUUGCACGUGCUUACUAGUAGCUGCGAACAAGAGAUGUAUAUUAAAUUAAGAAAAAGGACUAACGAAGCAUUUUAUGCAAAAUAUACACAGUUUCGUAUUGCUUCCGAGUCAGAAAGCUAUGCUUUAAAGGAAUUGGGUAGCUAUAGCGGCACUGCUGUAACCUGAAUGGGCUUUACCUUGCAACCCAACAAUAUGGUAUAAACUGGAAUUCCGUUGAAAAUGAG